UUCGUCUAUCUAUAGAUCAUAACCGUAAACACAUACAUUCGCAUCUAAUGAUCAAACCUAUACUAACCUGUGUUACAUACAGAGCAGGUACAGGCAGUUUCACAGUUUAAACCAGAUAUACUAUCCCUGCUGGCCUACUGUACAACCAUGGCGGACAGAUAUAGGGAGGGUGAGGAGGAAGCGUAUCGGAGGAUGUUGAGUGAGGAACUGGCAGCUCAGUGGGACGACUCCUCGAGCUUAUCGGACGGGGGCUGGUCGUUGGGACAGAGCUUAGUGGAGUCAGGAUUCGGCAGCAUCGCAAACAGCCCGUGCAGGAAAUGUACUCUGGCAGAUGGGAUGUUCCUGUGUCCUGAGAGCAGAAACUUCUGGGAGAAAAUUCCGAGUACCGUGUGCUGUAGAAGGAUUUGGAAAGAUUUCAUAGAUACGUUUCGAGAAGACUUCCCCGACGAACGGGCACUUUGUAAGAAGCGGGUGUUGAACAUCUUUAAAAGUCUGCUCGGCGCGGAGUAUCAAGACCUUGGCGAGAUAUCUAUUGAAGAUUUUCUCAGAGUGAUAAAAUUCUUCGGUCCGUUCAGAACAGAAGGAGACAGAUGUGUCGUGGUCAAACAGAUAGAACAACUUGUUGAGAAUUCGUACCAGAAAUCUACAGACAAGAAGUCCAAGAUAUGCUGGUUUGGGGGAUACAUGACUCGCUCGGAGGCGGAGAACAAGCUGCAGGACCAGAAACCAGGGACGUUCCUCAUCAGAAUGAGUGUUACAGAAGAGGAAGCUGGGUGCUUUGCCCUUAGCCUGGUGAUGCUUGACAAUUCUAUCGAACACUUCGAAAUUAAGGGUCACCCAGAAGAGGCUGUGACCAUGCAUCCCUUCAGUCUGGAACUGGAGUUCAAAGGUCGUCACUUCAGCAGUCUGCCAGACUUGGUCAACAACUGUCUCUGCCAAGAGGUCAUUGUGUCCGAAUCAGAUAAUCCAGAAAAUGGCAUCCGCUGUUCCAUUAUCUGCCCAGGGUUGCCCUACAACCAUAUUCUCAACGGCUACAAGUGUCCGGCAAGAUAAACCUGAAUUAACUGUUACACUUAUCACUAGACGGUCUUGAAAUUGAUUGCAGUUGUCCUCAAAAUAUUGCAAGGCUCGUGAUGACUGUUGACUCAUCCAUCAUACUCAAAUGACGCUCAAUAACGGUUGUGAGGCAUAGUUGAAACUGUAUUUGGUCUUCAAUUAAUUUUUCCACAGAUUUAAAUCAAUCGUGAGCAAUAUAAUUAGAGAUAUCAGUUUUGACAAAUGUAUGGUACAUGUAUGGUUUUCGCAGCUUUUCAAGCUAUUCCAGCAAUGUCAGCAGAAAUGGGCUGCACUCAUUAUAGCCAUGUGGUUUGACAGUUGAAUUAGAUACACCACGUUGCAUAUGUCGACGGUACAGUGUGUUCUUCAUUGCAUGUUUAAACGUUUUUUGUCAGAUAAUUCAACGCUUUCUAUGGCUGAGAAACCAUUUAGUGGCCGUUAUACAACCAUAUAAUGCUCUCACUUACAGUUGACAAAUCCUGGGAUUAUUGGCAUCAUUGUCAUCACCUUAUUUCAAAAUUAUCUACAGGCAGUAGAAAAAUAGUUUUAUGAAUAGUGUGGGAAGCACAAUAUGCCUAUCACACUCAUACCAGUUGUCAUGACAGAUUACACACAGUAAAAUGAAUGAAUCGGGUUUUUUUACCUAUAGUCAUACAUAUUGCGAUGAUAAUUUUACGCCAUUUUAUGUAAAAUUCUCUAAACUGCAUAGCUGUCAAUAGUUUCUGUUUUAAUCCGAACGAUUUAGCAGUUCGUUUUUAUAGCGGUAAUGUCAUCCACCUCCUAGCAGUGAUAAUGUAUGAUUAAUUUUUGAUAUUUGCAAUUCGUCACGGAAAAACGUCAUUAAAACAUGAAUCAAUGUGUGUGUGUGCGUGUGCUUGCGAGCGUGCGUGCGUGCGUGUGCGUGCGUGCGUGCGUGCGUGCGUGCGUGCGUGCGUGCGUGCGUUGUUCCGUAGAUUCCGCAGCGUAGAAUUUUCCAACUCAAGGCUUCUUUCGCUUUUGUUUUCCUAAACCGAAAAAAAUUAAGCCUCGCCAAGACCACACUUCCCGCCUUUUGAUGAUUCUCUGCUUUAGGCAGUCACACGAUGUACCACUUAAAACAAGAGAAAUAUGGGAUUCAUUUUGGUUCUACUGGUGCAUACCCGUGAAGGUACGGUUUAGAAUUGGUCUUCAGCAACCCAUGCUUGUCGUAAGAGGCGAUCAGCGGGAUUGGGUGGCCAGUAUGUUGACUUGGUUGAUAUGUCAUCGUAUAUUAAUUGCGUAGAUCGAUGUUGAUGCUGUCUGGAUUGUCUGGUCCAGACUCGAUUAUAUACGGACUGCCGCCAUAUAGCUGGAAUAUUGCCGAGUGCAGCCUUGAUCGAUUUCCAUCUAGCCCUAUCAAUAAACAUAGCAGGAACUAUUAAACCGAAAAACACCCAUAGGUAUUCAUGUCGGGGACAAAUCAUGGGAAGAUCCAACUCUUCUGAUUGAUUCACCAAGCUUACAUACUUCAAUUCUUUAUUUCAUGUGAAUGUAGGGCCAUAACUUAAAUACUUGUGGUACAGAUAAAAAUGAAUAUGACCACACUGGAAGAUUGUAGAAGUUAUAAUUUCAAUAAACCUUUUACAACUAUA